GCUGCCUGUUCUCCGCGCCUCGGCCGCCGGGAGCCCCGCCCUCUCCUCGCUGGCCGCACCCUCUCGGGGUUCCCUGUCCUUGGAAGCCGCCCUUCUCCGCGGGUCUGGGUGCCGAGGCCACACGCCCGCAAGUGUCAGCUGCCGCAGCUCGGGUCUGGCAGCGCCAGCGUCCCGCGGCGCUCGGCCCCCAUCGGGCUGGUUCCCGCGCUCUGCCUCGGGCAAACCCUUGGUCAGCUCCGCCUCUCCUCUCCCCGCUGGACUCCCGGGGCUCACUGCCCCCCGAUCCCACUACGGCUCCUCCUUCCCUCCUGUAGGGCCGCCAGGUCCCGCGUGGAGGCGGUGCACGGUGUCGCCCCCAGUCCCGGAGCUGUGAGUGCCAGGUAGGGCGCGGCGCUAAGUGUACAUCCCUCUUGGCCCGAGAGAUCCGGGUCAAGAACAGUUGACUCUGACCCUCCUUCUUUAAGGAACCAGGAAUUUUCAAGAUGAAUUUUACCGAAUCUAGACCAUUCACAGAAUCAACUGCAAUAGGUUUUACACCUGAGUUAGGAAGUAUUGUACCUGUGCCUUCCAAUGAGACCACUUGUGAAAACUGGAGAGAGAUACAUCAUCUAGUUUUUCAUGUAGCAAAUAUUUUUUUUGCAAUUGGGUUGGUUAUUCCAACUACUCUUCACCUCCAUAUGAUACUUCUUAGGGGGAUGUUAACUAUAGGAUGUACCCUUUAUAUCAUCUGGGCCACUCUCUACCGAUGUGCCUUGGAUAUCAUGAUCUGGAACUCUGUGUUUCUUGGUGUCAACGUUUUGCAUCUUUCAUAUCUUUUGUACAAGAAAAGACCGGUAAAGAUUGAGAAGGAACUCAAUGGCAUCUACCGGCGAUUGUUUGAACCACUCCGAGUGCCUCCAGAUUUGUUCAGAAGAUUGACUGGACAGUUUUGCAUGAUCCAAACCUUGAAAAAGGGCCAGACUUAUGCUGCAGAGGAUAAAACCUCAGUUGACGACCGUCUUAGCAUUCUUCUGAAGGGAAAAAUGAAGGUCUCCUAUCGAGGACAUUUUCUGCAUAACAUUUACCCCUGUGCCUUUAUAGAUUCUCCUGAAUUUAGAUCAACUCAGAUGCACAAAGGUGAAAAAUUCCAGGUCACCAUUAUUGCAGACGAUAACUGCAGAUUUUUAUGCUGGUCAAGAGAAAGAUUAACUUACUUUCUGGAAUCAGAACCUUUUCUAUAUGAAAUAUUUAGGUAUCUUAUAGGAAAAGACAUUACAAAUAAGCUCUACUCAUUGAAUGAUCCCACCUUAAAUGAUAAAAAGACCAAGAAGUUGGAACACCAGCUCAGCCUUUGCACGCAGAUCUCCAUGCUGGAAAUGAGGAACAGUAUAGCCAGCUCCAGUGACAGCGAAGACGGCUUACACCAGUUUCUUCGGGGCACCUCCAGCGUGUCCUCUCUUCAUAUGUCAUCCCCACACCAGCGAGCCUCAGCCAAGAUGAAACCAAUAGCAGAAGGGGUGGAAGAUGAUGAUGAGGUCUUUGAACUCGUGUCUCCAAAAACAUUUAAAGUCCAUCAGAUGCCUUGAUCAGAGAGAAGAGUCAAGUUACCAAGAUGAAAAUUGUCUUGAAGAGAUCCUGAAAAAUACCAGCACUUUUUCACUGCUUCUAGAUUAUUCUGCUUCAGUACAUCCAGACUGGGACAGUCUGAGGGUGGGAAAGUGAGGAAGGUUAAAAAAUGGGAAGGUUAUUUUAGCUCUCCUUUGUAUUGGUCGCCUUCAUAAGUAGUUGUUUUACUGAGCCUUCUGGCAAAACCUGGUUCUAUUUUGAGAUAUAUAUUUUCACAGUAUUUUCUAGAUACACUAUCAUUUUAACUUUAAAAAAAUCUUAGUGUUCUGUCAUUGUAAAUUUCUUUUCACUUAUUUUUCCAAGUUGUGGUUCAUCUUCCUCACAGACCAUUUUUUCUCUACCAUGGCAAUGGCACUGUCCAUUUGAUAGUUUUAACAAUGUAAGUUUGAAAUUGAGGUUAAGGUAACAUUAAAAAGCAGGGAAUCUCA